UUGGAAUGGCUUCUACCACGUCUGACUGUUUUCACACGCUCUGAAAAAAUGGGAUUCUGUUUACAACUAUCUAAAUCCGAUAAAUUUGUCCGUUAUAAAGGCGCCAGCAAACGUCAAAAUAAAUAUAGUGGAUCUGCCAACAGUGUCGAGGGGCUAAUUUUAAGGAGGAUUCAGAAUGUUUCUGUUUCAGUUACCGGACGAUGUUCUUUACCUCAUCUUGUCGUACUUGGACUACAAAUCGCUCUGUCGCCUCUCUCAAGUUUGCAGGAGAAGCCAUCACUUUACAGUCCGCGAUCCUGUUUGGAGGAGGAUAGCAAAAGACUUUAUCAACACUGGAGUAACUCGCCAUGGAGCAGACCUGUAUCCUACCAUUCCUUUAAAGGACAGAGUGAAGGUAUCACAGAAUUGGAGUCAUGGUGUUUGUCGUAAAGAUGUCCUUCUUAAAUGGAAGAUUAACUUGUUGCCUUGGAUACAGCUGGAUGGUGAUGUGCUCUAUCUGUCUCAGGCAUCAGACAUUGGAGCAUACCAUCUCAGGGGUCCUGAAGGGGUUAAGUUCCAGCACAAUAGGGUGGCUAUGUUCUCAGGACACCAAGAGGAUGUGUGUAGAUUUGCUUUGACAGACAUGCAUCUUGUCAGUGCUGGAAGUGAUGGGAAGAUCAUUGUUUAUGACAGAAAAAGUGAUUUUUGCAUGGAGUAUUUUGGCCAUAAUCAGGAGGUGAACUGUAUUGACUGCAAGGGACACUUGAUCAUCAGUGGCUCCAGGGACAAGACGGCUAAGAUAUGGGCUUUAACUCCAAACCACUUUGGAAAGUGUCUUCAUACAAUCCCUACCUAUGACAGAGUGUGGUCAGUGGCCAUCAGUCCAUCUCUGUGCACUUUUGUGACUGGAACUGCAUGCUGUGAAAACUUUGCUCCUCUUCGGAUAUGGGACACAGAGAGGUGUCAUCUGGUAUCAUGUCUUGGCACAGAAUUCCGCAGAGGUGCAGGUGUGUUGGAUAUUGUUUAUGAGUCUCCCUUCCAGCUCCUCACCUGUGGAUAUGACACUUUCAUCCGCUACUGGGAUCUACGUGUCUGCUCCAGGAAGUGUGUGAUGGAGUGGGAGGAGCCCCAUGACAGUGCUCUUUACUGUAUCAAGACUGAUGAGAAUCAUAUGAUUGCAAGUGGCUCCUCCUAUUACGGAGUGGUACGCCUGUGGGACAAAAGGCAAACUCGUUGUUUGCAGAUGUUCCAGCUCACCUCCACCACCAGCAGCCCAGUGUACAGCCUGUGCUUCAACGCCACACACCUGUAUGCUGCUGUAGCCUCAGCCCUCUACUCACUGGACUUUAGAACUUCUGGUCACAGGCCCAGGAGAUAGAACAGCUCUGCCCUCAAACAAGCACACAUACACACUCAGCACAAGCAUACUCUUGGUGCACUCUACAUUACACUCCGACAUCUCCCUCCAGCUUUAGGAGUAAGCCUUGUGAUCCUCUGCAACUUAAGAUGGACCCUUCUGGAACCUCAUAAAAAUAUCUGUACCCAGUGAGGCCUUGGAUUGGCAUUGCAGACAGUGGCAGAUAGUUGCCAUUUUUUCCGCUAUCAGUGUCACUGGCUGCCAAGAGGGAGCACAGGGAGCAAGGUUCACGACCUUCUGUGGCCUGAGUCUUAACGGACUUAACACAUUGCCAGCGACCUGUGGGACUUCUAAAACAAACACUGCUCAGAGCUGCCAGAACGCGCUGUGGCGAUUUAUGCUGAAGUAUAUACAGUAUGAUAACAUACUCUUUGUCUUCCUAUUGUGCUUGAAAUGUAUAUUUUUUCAACAGUACGUCAGUAAGAUGUGUUUGGCUUGGCUUUGUGUUUCUUGCAUUUUUUCUGGUUACAAUCAUCUGACAGUGAAACUGCUGUUUUAGUUCAGUACCUCUCUUUUCUGUGUGAAUGGAACAUAUUUGCAACACCUUUGUAUUAUUUGUCAAAUAGUUUAGGUAGUAAACAUGGUUAAAUGUUUCCACAGGUUAGGGGUCUCCAGCCUGUUUGUCUUGAGCCAGUUGUAUUUUGCAGCAUGUCAAAGAGAAAUAUAAUACAUUUUACUAUGGUCCUAAAUACAGGGCAUAUACCAGCCAAUCCCUUAUCACUUACUUCAAAAUUAAAACCAGCCAACAAAAUACAUUUAUUUAGAUGUAAUAACUAAAUAUCAUAAUUUUAUUCAGUUACAUCCAGCAUGUCUACUUUGUGACAGCUGAGUGAACAAUGAACAUUAGCGAUAAUUAGAUAUAUCUUUAAUAAAGUUAGUGAAAAACA